AUGAUUUCUUUAGCUUGUCUGCUUCGCGGAGAUAAAGAGGAGACGUUUUUUAAACUUUAUUUUAAUAUCGUCUUUUCUUUUCAUUUUAAAUGCCCGUCUCCUUUUAAUUCAAAUUUUGUCGUCCUUACUUUUACUCGGCCUUCUUCUUCUUCUACUUCUUUCUUCUUCUUCUUCUUCUUCUUCUUCUUCUUCUUCUUCUUCUUCUUCUUCUAUCUUUCUCCUUUUCUCUUUUCUUUUUCUUCUUUUCUUCUCGUUCCCUUCUUUUUUCUACUUCCUCUUUUUCUCCUCCUCCCCUCCUCUUUUUCUUCCCCUCCUCUUUUUCUUUUUCUUCUCCUCCUCUCCCCUUCUCUUCUUUUAGAUAUGAACAAUAUCUAUCUAUCUAUCUAUCUAUCUAUCUAUCUAUCUAUCUAUCUAUCUAUCUAUCUAUCUAUCUAUCUAUCUAUCUAUCUAUUCGUUCACAAUCUAUCCAUCUCCGUCUUAGGCUGUUCAUAUCUACCUGCCUAA